GUGCAGGAGAUACAUGUGUGGAGGAGCACGAGAAUAAAGGCGUGUUAUUGAAGUUCGCUCUCAGUCUGAUUGAUUAGAUUCGCACGAUAUACAGUAGGUAUCGAACAGUGGCCACCCGCAUUCAAUCCUUGGACCCCCCUGAUUUUGGGUAUAACUGAUUUAAAGAGGGACGCAAUACAAGGAGAAGAAGAAGAAGAAGAAGAAGAAGAGCAAGAGCAAGAGCCACGUCAUCCGCCGCUUCGUCACCGACGCACGAAAAGAAAGAUGGCAGCUUCCAUCAGGGAAAAACAGACUGCUGCCCUGAAGCGGAUGUUGAAUUUCAAUGCUCCUCCAAUGAAAAACGCUGCAGCUGAACCAGUAUGGAAGGUACUAAUCUACGACCGGUUUGGCCAAGACAUAAUCUCUCCUUUGCUGGCUGUCAAAGAGUUGCGAGACAUGGGCAUAACUUUACACCUACUACUCCAUUCAGAUCGAGACCCUAUCCCAGAUGUUCCUGCCAUCUACUUUGUGCUGCCCACAGAGGAGAAUAUCCAGAGGAUAUGCCAGGACCUUCGGAACCAGUUGUACGAGUCUUACUACCUAAAUUUCAUCUCUGCAAUUUCCAGAAGCAAACUGGAAGACAUUGCCAGUGCAGCACUUGGGGCCAGUGCUGUGAACCAAGUCACUAAGGUGUUUGAUCAGUAUUUGAACUUCAUCACACUGGAGGAUGAUAUGUUUGUCUUGUGCAACCAAAACAAAGAACUUAUUUCCUACCACGCAAUUAAUAAGCCUGACAUCAUGGACACAGACAUGGAGGUCAUCAUGGACACAAUAGUGGAUAGUCUCUUCUGCUUCUUUGUCACUUUGGGUGCCGUGCCCAUAAUCCGUUGUCCAAGAGGUAAUGCGGCAGAGAUGGUGGCUGUGAAACUGGACAAGAAGUUGCGGGAGAACUUGAGGGAUGCCCGUAACAGCCUGUUCACCGGUGAUACCAUGGGAGCCAGCCAAUUCAGCUUUCAGAGGCCUCUGUUUGUACUCUCUGAUCGCAACCUGGACCUGGCAACCCCUCUCCACCACACAUGGACCUACCAGGCUCUGAUCCACGAUGUGCUGGACUUCCACCUAAACAGGGUGAGCAUGGAGGAGUCUGCUGGGCAUGAGGCUUCACCCGCUGGAGCACGGCCAAAGAAGAAGAACAAGAAGAGUUAUGAUCUCACUGCUGCUGACAAAUUCUGGCAAAAACACAAGGGCAGUCCCUUUCCUGAGGUGGCAGAGUCUGUCCAGCAGGAGCUGGACACAUACAGGGCGCAGGAGGACGAGGUCAAACGGCUCAAGAGCAUCAUGGGGCUGGAAGGGGAAGAUGAAGGAGCCAUUAGCAUGUUGUCUGAUAAUACUGCAAAAUUGACCUCUGCUGUCAGCUCGCUGCCUGAGCUCCUGGAAAAGAAGAGAUUGAUCGACCUCCACACCAAUGUAGCAACGGCUGUACUGGACCAUAUCAAGACCCGAAAGCUUGAUGUUUACUUUGAGUAUGAAGAGAAGCUCAUGAGCAAGUCAACCCUGGACAAGUCAUUACUGGAUAUGAUCAGCGACCCGGAUGCUGGGACACCAGAGGACAAGAUGAGGCUUUUCCUAAUAUAUUACAUCACAUCCCAGCAGCCCCCCCCAGAGGCUGAUCUAGAGCAGUAUAUGAAAGCUCUUUUGGAUGCUGGCUGUGACCUCUCACCCCUGAAUUACAUUAAGCAGUGGAAAGCUUUCACCAAGAUGGCGGCAGCUCCAGCUAACUACGGCAACAGUGGGGUCAAACCAAUGGGUCUCUUCUCCAGAGUGAUGAACACAGGCUCCCAGUUUGUGAUGGAAGGGGUGAAGAACCUGGUGUUGAAACAGCAUAAUCUGCCUGUGACUCGCAUCCUGGAUAACCUGAUGGAAAUUAAAUCCAAUCCGGAGACUGAUGACUACAGAUAUUUUGACCCAAAGAUGCUCCGUGGCAGUGAGAGCUCCAUCCCCAGGAACAAGAACCCCUUUCAGGAGGCCAUUGUGUUUGUGGUCGGAGGAGGAAACUACAUUGAGUAUCAAAACCUUGUUGAUUAUACCAAGGCCAAGCAGGGAAAACGAGUCCUCUAUGGCUGCAGUGAGCUCUUCAAUGCUUCCCAGUUCAUCAAACAGCUUUCCCAGCUUGGCCAAAAGUAAAUGCCGGAGCAUUUCUUUUCUUUCUUUCUUUUUUAUAAUAGUGAACUAUAAAUCAAACCCAGAGUUAAGUGUCCAGCUUUCCUUCCAGCUCCUACUUCUCUAAUAUAUCUCCAUAUAUUUGAUAGUGUUUACUAAUUUAGUGAACAGAUUUAUUUCCAUCACUGUACACAGGUCAUAAAUAAAGUUUAACGAUCUUACACACAA